AUGGUGGUCAGGGGAUGCUUCUCUGCUGGAGUGGUGACAUAUGAUGUGGCCAAGCAAGAGGAGUUCUUCAACCUGUCCCACUGCCAGCUGGUGACUCUCAUCAGCCGAGACGAUCUGAACGUGCGCUGCGAGUCCGAGGUCUUCCACGCCUGUAUCAACUGGGUCAAGUACGACUGCGAGCAGCGGCGGUUCUACGUGCAGGCGCUGCUCAGGGCUGUGCGAUGCCACUCGCUGACACCCCGCUUCCUGCAGAUGCAGCUGCAGAAGUGCGAGAUCUUGCAGGCGGACUCCCGCUGCAAGGACUACCUGGUCAAGAUCUUCCAGGAGCUGACCUUGCACAAGCCCACGCAGGUGAUGCCCUGUCGGGCGCCCAAAGUGGGCCGGCUCAUCUACACCGCCGGCGGCUACUUCCGCCAGUCGCUCAGCUACCUGGAGGCCUACAACCCCAGCGAUGGCACUUGGCUCCGACUGGCAGACCUGCAGGUGCCUCGUAGUGGCCUGGCGGGCUGCGUCGUGGGCGGGCUGCUGUAUGCCGUGGGUGGCCGGAACAACUCGCCCGACGGCAACACCGACUCCAGUGCCCUGGACUGCUAUAACCCCAUGACCAACCAGUGGUCACCCUGUGCCCCCAUGAGCGUGCCGCGCAAUCGGAUUGGGGUUGGGGUCAUCGACGGGCACAUCUAUGCCGUGGGUGGCUCCCAUGGCUGCAUCCACCACAACAGUGUGGAGAGGUAUGAGCCAGAGCGGGACGAGUGGCACCUGGUGGCCCCAAUGCUGACUCGAAGGAUCGGGGUGGGAGUGGCUGUCCUCAACCGUUUGCUCUAUGCCGUCGGGGGCUUUGACGGCACAAACCGCCUCAACUCAGCCGAGUGUUACUACCCAGAGACAAACGAGUGGCGGAUGAUCGCACCCAUGAACACCAUCCGAAGCGGGGCAGGAGUCUGUGUCUUGCACAACUGUAUCUAUGCUGCGGGGGGCUACGAUGGUCAGGACCAGCUGAACAGCGUGGAGCGCUAUGAUGUGGAGACAGAAACGUGGACUUUUGUAGCUCCCAUGAAGCAUCGGCGAAGUGCCCUGGGGAUUACUGUGCACCAGGGAAGAAUCUACGUUCUGGGAGGCUACGACGGUCACACGUUCCUGGACAGUGUGGAGUGUUAUGACCCAGACACCGACACCUGGAGCGAGGUGACCCACAUGACAUCCGGCCGGAGCGGCGUGGGUGUCGCCGUCACCAUGGAACCCUGCCGAAAGCAGAUCGACCAGCAGAACUGUACCUGUUGAGCCACUUUUGUUUCUUGGGCAAAAAAACGGUCCGAU